AAAAGCCCACUUCCCCCGCCAUGUACCACACCACCUCUCCUCCCUCUCCCACCUCCGCGUUUCCCCCAAAACAACUCUCCCUUAAACCCUCCGCCGCCGCCGCCGCCGGUAUGCGCCGCUUCCUCCGAGCCCUCCUCCCGCUCCAAACCGUUGCCCUAAAUCCUGCGCCCGCCGCGCCCUUCCCUCUCCGCCUCCUCUCCUCCUCCUCCACCUCCUCGGCGGCCGCCCCCUCGGACCCCGACUCCGCCCCCGCGGCGGACGCCGAUUUCGACAGCGCCGAGUACGCCCUCCCCACCCCGGGCCCCGCCCCCUCGCGCAACAACCCUGUCGCCGCGCUGCGAAAGCUCCGCUUCGACCCCUCCCUCCGCGCGCGAGCCGACGAGGCGCUGUUUGGGAAUAAUGCUGGAAGCGGGCUGGGUGCGGUCGGGGAGGAGGAGGAGGAACGGUCGAGAGAUGUGGCGCUCGCGUUGCUCGAGGCGGCGCUGGAGCCGCCCGACGAGGACGAGGGCCCCGGGGAGGUCAGGGAGGAGGACCAGAUGUCGCUAUCUGUUGGGAUCGUCGGCGCGCCCAACGCCGGCAAGUCCUCGCUCACUAACACCAUGGUUGGCACAAAAGUGGCUGCAGUCUCCCGCAAGACAAAUACUACGACUCAUGAAAUUUUGGGUGUGCUGACAAAAGGGAAUAAACAGAUAUGCUUCUUUGAUACCCCAGGGCUCAUGUUAGGGCACCAUGGAUUUCCUCAUAGGGAUGUCAUGGUUCGUGUGGAGAGUGCCUGGAGUUCAAUUAACCUCUAUGAUCUACUAAUAGUCAUGUUUGAUGUCAACAGGCAUCUUAAAAUGCCUGAUUCACGAGUUAUAAAGUUAAUCAAACGUUUGGGUGCUGAGGUAAACCCAAACCAGAGGCGUAUAUUAUGCAUGAAUAAGGUUGACCUGGUGGAAGACAAAAAAGACCUCCUUAAAGUUGCAAAGGAAUUUGAAGGUCUUCCUGGAUAUGAAAGGUACUUCAUGGUAUCUGGACUAAAAGGCAAGGGAGUGAAAGACCUUGUACAGUACUUGAUGGACCAGGCAGUACAAAGACCUUGGGAUGAAGAAUCAACUGCGAUGACUGAAGAGUUAAUGAAAACCAUAUCACUGGAGGUUGUGCGAGAGAAGAUGCUGCAUCACAUUCAUCAAGAAAUCCCCUAUGUAAUUGAGCAUCGUUUGAUGGAUUGGAAGGAGCUAAAAGAUGGUUCUCUUAGGGUGGAGCAGCACUUCAUUGCACCAAAACAAAGCCAACGUCAGAUUCUUGUUGGGAAAAAUGGCUCUAAGAUUGGGAGAAUUGGUAUUGAAGCCAACGAAGAACUGAGGUCCAUAUUCAAGAGAGAUGUCCAUCUAAUUCUCCAAGUUAGAGUUGCUAAAAAGAGGAGUGCUUGAACAGAAUGUGAGUAUAUUUGACUUUUCAUUCACUCCGUUAGACUGUUACAGUAGUAGUCUGUUUGUCAGCCUGUUACCAGCUUUUAGUGGAAAGGCAUUGAAAAUUUCCAAAAGAUUUUUCCUAGAUUUCCAUCAGAAUUUAUCAAGUUCUGUUGAUUCUGAUCCCCUGAGCCAUGAUUGAUUAAUAUGUCUGAAAGAAUGAUUUAUUGUUAUGUGCAUUUCUAGCGCCUGUAUAGACUGCCCCUGCUCUGAGAACUGCAGUACAGUGCUGGCAGAAUGCAUUCACGAGACUUUUGAUUAGACAGCCAGUGCUUACAUCAGGUUCGAUGGCUACUUUGAUACAAUUUCCGCUCGAAUCAAGGCACUAAACUGUGCCCAAACAUGCGGAGCAUGAGGUUUGAUUAUGAUGAUAAGCUAGCUCAGCAAUAUUUUGCAUGAUAUAGCAGAGAAGGAAAUGUUUCGCAAAGUGGUGAGCUGCUGCACACUCGGCUUAUGUUGUUCGCGGUAUAGAUACAUCUGUACUAGACUACUGAUAUCAUUUUACUUUCUUUCUGAUUCGAAUCCCCCUCUUAAGUUUUAUCUUGAUAUAUGCUUGAAACACUGUUGUAAUAACCUGAUGACCAGGCUGGUCGUCUUCAUGUUCUCGAAGACAAAAAUCGCUAGUUCCACUGUGUUCUUUA